GAUGUAUUAGGUCAGCUCUUGGACGUUUGGUUAGAAAAAGUAAGUACCGUUGUAACAGGUUUGAAAACUUGGUUUUACCAGGUCCUUUAAAUAUAAGGGGCGUGACAAUUUGGCUGCGUUUUACUCAAGACUGAAAUAUUUUAUAGUAUUGUUUUCAGCAAGUUUCACGUUCGGCAUAAGAUUUGGUCCUUGGCGAUUAAAUGAUACUCAUACCUGGUAUCAAGGCUGGAACUGAGUUGCUUUUUGAAUUCCCCUUAGUCAUUGCUUUUUUGGGGAACUUGUCAAGUUGUAUACCACAUCCUAAGCUCUAGGUAAUCCUAUAACUCACGUUUUCAUACUCAGAUUUACUUAAGUGACUUAUGGAAAACAUUGUUCGUUGCGUUAACAAGGCUCUAAAUUAUAGGCGUAAACAAUUAACGACGGUCGUGUCAGCUUGAUCGCUUAAUUGUGACUUGUUUUUUCAGCCCAUGAGGUACAUUCCUUUUCUCCUUUCAUUCUCCUGUGUAGAUGGAUUGCAUGACGCGGCUUGAACGAAGAAAACUAACAGUUCUGGCUCUGAUCACCUUGUUGCCUCUGAAUGUCAAGUACGAUACAACUGUUUUUGCUUAACUUCAUAAAGAUUAGUUGUUAAAUUCAAACCACGAGAAUCAUUGUCCAACGGACUUGCGUUUUUUCAGCAGUAUUCUCCACUCCCAUUUCGUCCCAUCUCAACCUUUGUUUGCCCCUCUAACUUUGCUUAAGCAUUGCUUUCAAUUNGUAUUAGGUCAGCUCUUGGACGUUUGGUUAGAAAAAGUAAGUACCGUUGUAACAGGUUUGAAAACUUGGUUUUACCAGGUCCUUUAAAUAUAAGGGGCGUGACAAUUUGGCUGCGUUUUACUCAAGACUGAAAUAUUUUAUAGUAUUGUUUUCAGCAAGUUUCACGUUCGGCAUAAGAUUUGGUCCUUGGCGAUUAAAUGAUACUCAUACCUGGUAUCAAGGCUGGAACUGAGUUGCUUUUUGAAUUCCCCUUAGUCAUUGCUUUUUUGGGGAACUUGUCAAGUUGUAUACCACAUCCUAAGCUCUAGGUAAUCCUAUAACUCACGUUUUCAUACUCAGAUUUACUUAAGUGACUUAUGGAAAACAUUGUUCGUUGCGUUAACAAGGCUCUAAAUUAUAGGCGUAAACAAUUAACGACGGUCGUGUCAGCUUGAUCGCUUAAUUGUGACUUGUUUUUUCAGCCCAUGAGGUACAUUCCUUUUCUCCUUUCAUUCUCCUGUGUAGAUGGAUUGCAUGACGCGGCUUGAACGAAGAAAACUAACAGUUCUGGCUCUGAUCACCUUGUUGCCUCUGAAUGUCAAGUACGAUACAACUGUUUUUGCUUAACUUCAUAAAGAUUAGUUGUUAAAUUCAAACCACGAGAAUCAUUGUCCAACGGACUUGCGUUUUUUCAGCAGUAUUCUCCACUCCCAUUUCGUCCCAUCUCAACCUUUGUUUGCCCCUCUAACUUUGCUUAAGCAUUGCUUUCAAUUUCUCUUUCUGAAGAGUUAGCAUUACGUAGCUUUCUGUACGUCUUUGAAAAUAUACUGUCAAACUAGUGAAGAGAAAAGAACCUCUAAACCUUCGUGAGUAGUAUUGUAUGGAUACAAGUGGCCUUUUUUUGGAAUCAGUAAAGUUGUUUGUUUCGUCAAGUUUUGUAAUUGGUUCAAUCAUAUACAUUUACGCGGUUGAUUCAGCAGACGAGUCAAAACAAGUAACUGGUGACAAACUUUAAAUACCAUCACUAUUUCUUGUAGCUAAAAUUAAAACAAGCAAAGCUGCAAAAAGCCAAAACAACAUUUAGAGGGAAGUCCAAAUAGGUUUAUACUAAUUUGGAUCUAAAGUUAGUUGUUAUUUAAUAAUUUUUUGUCCUGACCAAGUUAUAAAUCCUCCGCUUUUUUAUGCUCAAAUAGCAAUUGUGUCACGGACAAGUUUGCAUUGAUUGUUGAUGCUGCGGUUGAUGUUCUACACGAGAUCCACAGAGUUGAAGACAAUGGUACACAUACAGAGUAA